AUAGGUUAUGGAGAUUUCCGAGUCCAUUGCACAAUAUAAAAAACGGGUGAGUCAGAAAAAAAUUGAUUGAGUGCUGGACUAGAUUGGACGGAUUGAAUUAGGAAUAAUUCCCAUCCAUAGCCUACAUGGCACUUAAUUGAGGUCACUUAUUACAAGCGUCUUAAGAGGAGAUUAAUGUCAGAGAAUUGUUAAUUACCUAAUCAAUAGUCCAUUAUGGAAAUCAACUGAAUUUUCACUAAACCACUAAAUUCUACCUUAACAAGUUAUUCUUCAAUAACACGACUCUUUAAGAUACAGAUGCUCAACUACCAAAAUUUCCACGGCAUUUCCACUGUAUUAAUGGUCAAAAUCCCAACUCAAAGUUGAUUAAUCCUUACCCAAUUUUCUUCUUCUCUUAAAAUAUUUUCACAUGUCCUUUUCACACUCUCAUUACAUAAGCAAAUUCACUCUUUAUAUAGAGUAGUUGGCGUUCGUUGCUAUAGUGGAGUAGUUGGAGUCCUUACAUGCAUUAGAUAAGAAUUACAAAGAGAAAGCAAGUUGAUUUCUUCAUCAACUCUCACAGCAAACAACAUGUCAAUACUUUUAGACAGAAACAACAAGAUGGGCAGCCCCUUUUUCCAUGAAUUCAAAAGGCAAGCCUCUUUCUUCUUCAAGGAGAAGAUCAAGACUGCUCGCUUGGCCUUGACGGAUGUUACACCAGCAGAACUAUUGACAGAAGAAGCUACAAAUGGAGAUUUUUGGGCACCAGAUACACGUACUAUGGGUGUAAUUUCAAGGGCUGCCUUCGAAGUUGAUGAUUAUUGGAGAAUUGUGGACAUUCUACAUAACAGGUUGACAAAGUUUGAUAGAAAAACUUGGAGGGUCUCCUACAAGACUCUACUCCUGUUAGAACACCUUCUAACCCAUGGUCCUUUAAGAGUCGCUGAUGAGUUUCAGAGUGAUAAAGAGGUCAUUAAGGAGAUGGAAAGUUUUCAAUUUGUUGACGAGAAAGGAUUCAACUGGGGCUCAAGUGUUAGAAACUUAUCUGCAAGAAUACUGAAGUUGCUGGAAAAUGAAUUGUUUCUUAAAGAAGAAAGGGCAAGAGCUCGUAAGUUAACACGAGGGAUUCAAGGGUUUGGUAGCUUCUCCCUUAGCCAUAGGUCCCCUUCACAUGAUGGAAGCUUCAAAGACUUAACCUUUAGAACAUGCACAAGGUGUAAUUCUAAUUACACUGAACAAAUCAAUCAAGAAUAUGAGUUCUUGGCCUCAGAUGACAACUUUUUGAUCGAGGAAAAAAUCCACAAACCAGAAAAUAUCUAUGAGGAUGUCAGCCCAGCACUUGAAAGUAGUGGGAAUAAAAUUAGAGAAGAGGAAUGUGCAGUGGAAGAUCAUCCAUUCUGCCACAGUGAUCAUCACACUUCAGAGUCCCUUAUUUCUUCUCUAGAAUGAAAUGUUUCACAUUUUUUCUUUCCCUGUGUCCGGUAAUGGUAUUAAAGGGUUACACUUUCGCUUUCAUAACGAUAGCUAGGCUGGUAAUAAGGUUCUUUUGUUUUUUUUUUUUUUUUUUUUUUUUUAAAGAUUUAAAUUGGAUGUUAAUGCCUGGUAAGGGUAUGUAUAACCUAAUAAAAUAAAGGCCAAUCGCAGUUGUUUUCCUGAAAGGGUGUUUAUGGGAAUUAACUUUUUGUUUAUGUGUCAAUCUGUAAUUAGCUUGCCAUUGCAUGUAAUAUCAUAACAUGGAAUCAUGAUUUUAUUAUAAAAUUACUUGUCAUAUAA